GGGCCGGCCGGAGGCGAUGCUCGUCGCUCGUGAGCUCGUACACGCUAAAAUAGCGUUUACUCGGUCACCGCGUUACGACCCUUGCAGUUUGUGUUUUGUGACAUUUUCGACUCGACAGCAUCUUCUAAUUAAGGACGAUAAAAGGGAUCACACGAUUAUUAAGGAUUCGGGAUAAUGAGAGACGACUGCCCAUAUCGGUGAAGAAUAAAAAAGGAGGUCGAGGAUGGCGAGCAGCACCGAAGACUACGGCUCGGAGCUCCAGGAACUCCAGUGGGGCGGGGGCACCAGCAAUUCCCACUUUCUACGCAAUUCCGGCAGCCAUUACCUUCGCACCGGAAGUGGAAGCGGAUACUACGAAGCCGAAGAUCUCGAACCAGGUGGACGACACCAGGCCGGCCACCAUCGCGGAUACUACAGCCCACCUGGCACUAACUACACCAUCGUCGAACGACCACCCAGCGCACCCCAUCAUCAUUCCUCUCAUACCACACCCUACAGACAUAGCAGGACACAUACCACGACAACAAAUCCGGUCGCUGUCGCCGGAAGCGGCGCUAUCUCCCCCGAACAGGUCAUCAGCAGACUUUUUGGAAAUGGAGCACCGAGUGAAAGCAGGAGACCGAACGACAGAAGAACGCCAGCCUCGAGUCCUGCGAGUGUUUCCGCUGUGAGAGCUUCGAGUGCGAAUCCAGGACAACAACAACAGCAAAAUGUGACGAAUUCGCAGACGUCGCCUGGUCCCCAGCCGCUCAGUCUUCAGGAGCUCACUGUCAGAACGAUUACGAUGACGAGGGAUCCCCCCGACUCCCAUCACGGUUUUGGAAUUUGUGUCAAAGGUGGCAAAGACGCUGAUGCGCAGUCAGUCUGCGAAUUGUUCUCAGGGGUGGGAGUCUACAUUUCGAGGGUCGAGGAGGGCUCGGUUGCGGAGAGAGCUGGACUGAGGCCAGGUGACACCAUCUUGGAAGUUAACGGGACGCCCUUUCGCGCUGUGACCCACGAGGAAGCCCUCAAAGUUCUUUCUCAGAUGCUCAAAGCCUGUCGUACCCUGAGUAUGACAGUGAGGGGUCCAGCGUUGGAUCCGCGUUGUCGGGGAGGUCAUCCAGUUUGGUCAGGUGCGGGUCGUGAAAAGUCUUGCAGUUGGAUGGACCGUCAGGGCAGACCGGCAUCGCCACCGCCGCUGAAUCCUCGGGAUUCGAGUCGUUACGGGCCGAGGACGAGGAAAGUGGAGUUGUGCAUCGAGCCUGGUCAAUCGCUCGGGCUGAUGAUUCGAGGGGGUCUGGAAUACGGGCUGGGUAUCUACGUGACGGGCGUGGACAAGGACAGCGUCGCCGACCGAGCCGGGCUUCUCGUAGGAGAUCAGAUAAUCGAGGUUAAUGGCCAAAGCUUCGAGGAAGCCACACAUGACGAGGCGGUGCAGAUACUAAAGACGAACAAGCGAAUGAGUCUCGUGAUACGAGACGUUGGCAAAGUGCCUCACUCGUGCACUACAAGUCGUCCUAUCGUCGUGCCUGGCGCGAGAUACCAGGAGCACGAUUCGCAGAUGCUGCUCGAGAGCCCUCACAGCAAUCACAGACCACCGAGUCCAGCGAGCAGUUCGAACGAGUGGAGGCAUCGAGGUGUUCACACAGUGUCAGCAGCGACAGCUGCGAUGGUCGAGGAGAAAGCGAGGGUCGUUUUAGCGAGAAGUGAGCGUGCCGCGUUGUCCCAAAUUCUGGCAGACUACAGAAACCGUAGGCUGAACGUUGAGGAUCUUGUGGCGAGUCUCGGGGACCUUUUGAAUACCCAUGAGAAGUUGACGCUGUUGACGGAGCUUCGAGAACUCGUUGACAGCAAGGACAGAGCAGCUUUCGACGAUCUCGUCUACCGACCACGAGUUACGAUCGCGAGGAGAAAAGGUGACCGGGCUCAUUCGGACCUCGUUGUAACAACUCCCUCGCUUCACGACCUUCCGAGGAGCGGACCGCCAGGGUCGUGUUGCCGACCGGGACGACUCGUGGAUGUCGAGGGAGAUCCCUUGGGCGUUACGGGACCCAUCCUUACCAGGGAAAACCAGGAGUAUAGGUCACCCAGCGAGGACAGCGGUCUCGGGGCCGACAUGCCCAGGACCAGAGUGGGCUGCAGACGCGGGGGUCCUCAGCAUCAUCAGGUCGCAACAUCCGAUCUCGGACUGUCCAACGAUGACGAGUGUGAAAAUCAGGACUACGAUGACGAGAUGGAGAACGAACGAAAUGGAAGACGACACAGCUCGCCCGGAGGCUCCAGAGGGAAUCAACGCGAAUAUGCUCAUCAUCAUCUCCAUCCCGACAACUUGGAAAGCGACGGGUGUUGCGAUGGUAGCGACGCCGAGAUGAUUGGUAAUGGUCGUAGAGGAGAAGGAGGGAUUGGAGGUGUUGGUGGAGGAGGUGGAGAAGGAGGAGGAGGAGAGAGGGAUCGUGAAACUGAGGAUGAGGACGAAGGAAGGGAGGAGAGGAGCUCGGAGGGUGGAGGUGGUGGAGGUUUCGGUGGUUGGAGAAACCACCUGCUCGGUGGUCUAACGCAGCGCGUCAAAUCCUGGUACUGGGGCGCCAGACCCCUCGAACUCGCGCACAAACUUUCACGAAGCUUCGACAUGCAGGAAGCUCAGUUGCUCGAGGAAGGUGGCACCGGAAGUGGGACCAGCGGGAAUCCCGGCACCGGCGGACCCCCUCGACGACAUCACAGUGCUCAACGACUCGCCAGAAAUGAAAUGUCCGAACGACGCGACGAAGACGGCGCCCUCGUCGUUCCUGACCACCACGGCAACCUCAGAAUCACCGUUAAAAAAACCAAAUCCAUACUCGGCAUCGCCAUCGAGGGCGGAGCCAACACCAAACAUCCGCUCCCGAGAAUUAUCAAUAUUCACGAUAAUGGAGCAGCUUUCGAAGCAGGAGGCUUGGAGGUUGGCCAACUAAUUUUGGAAGUCGAUGGAUACAAGGUCGAAGGCUUGCAUCACCAGGAAGUUGCUCGGCUCAUUGCGGAAUCGUUUGCUCGAAGGGACAGAAACGAAAUUGAGUUUUUGGUCGUCGAAGCGAAGAAGAGCAACCUCGAACCGAAACCAACGGCGCUCAUAUUUUUGGAAGCGUAGCAGGAAUCUCCCACCUCGGAGCCCGAACCACCUUAGCCCGAGCUCGAACGCUCCUCUUCCUGAUACUCCCGGGUACCCUCCUGGCGGUAUUGGAGCUCCAGCACCAGGCGACCUCUUCAAGUGACCGAAGAAGAAAACGAAGACGACUUGAGCGCCGAGGCUCGACUCGAAGACCUUCAACUCCAUCACGGAACACGAAAUUCGCCAUAAAUGGAAAAAAAUCUGUUUUUCAAUUUCGUUUUUUUUUUUUUCAUUGUUACGUUCAUUGGCAGUUUUUAUUUUGGGAUUAAAUCGUCGGCCGGUGACACAACGGUUUUGGGAAAUCAUAAAAUGACGAUUCGGAUGGAAAUUUCUUUCCAUCGAAUGGCAAAGUUUCAAAAUAUCAGUAAUCGGACAAAUCGGUUGAAAGGAGACUACUUUUUCGAUACUUUGUGGACGUUUUUUUCGAAACUUCAUCACUGAGAAAGAAUUUUUUUGAAGAAUUCAUUGUCGAACGACCAUUUUUGUGGGGAGCUCGUUGCAGCACAGCAAUUUUCGUCGUUUUUUGAAAAAAAUUUUGAAAAAUUAUUCAAACGAUGAACAUUUUCAAAUGCAGGUACUAAAACGCACCAUCAAUUGCUCCAAAAUUGAGUAAUCACGAGUCCAUUUUGCGAGUAGCUGAGAAUCGAGGAUUUUAUAAGGAAAAAAAAAAAAAAAAAAAAAAAAAAUUGGUCCGAUAACGAAAUUUUGAAAAAUUAAUAAUUUCGAAAAUUCCAGAAGCAGCAACUAGAAUUCCAAGCCAAUUGGGCAUUAUUGCAAAUAACUUUUUUCGAAAAAAUCACGAAAUUCCUAUUGUUCGCCAUCCAACGAGGAAAUUUCUCAAAAUUCCUUCCCAAAGUAGCAUUUAUUAUCGAAGCCGAAAAUCAGAUUGUGAGAAGCCUUUUAUGGCGAAAGCAUAAAAAAUUACGAUGGGCAAAUGCGAGGAGGUCGACUGCAGCCGAGUGUUGGAGAGGAGCGAUUUCGCGUUACCGAUUCGCAAACGAACCGAUGGUGGGAACAUUAAGCGCCAACGAAGCAAAGGACUGACAAAAAUGUCGUAUAAAAUAAAAAUCUAAGUAUUGUAAAAAAAAAAACAAAAAAAAAAAGAAAGAAUAUUGAAAAGCAGCUUAACGGCUGGUUGAGCCUCGACAAAGUUGCGGAGCAUAAAUCGUAAGAUUGAGAUGCGAGUGCGAGCGUGGGACAGAGCAAGGCAGAUGGAAGAUGCUGCUCCUGCGGGAUGCUGCGAGUCUUAAUCUCGAAAGAUUUUGAGUGUGAGCAGCACUCCGCGAGAAUCUUCCAAACAGACAUUCCGUUUAUUUGGGAAAGUUUGUAAAAACGUGAAAGGAAAAACAAAUGCAGAGAAAGGUGAGAACAAUUGCGAUACCGAAUCGCGAGUACGGGGACAAUUUUUUGAGCCUCAUUUCCUCUCGUGAAAGGAAGAAAAUCGAGUGCGCGAGUGCAGGGACGGGGAGCCAGGAGCCGAGGAAAAACUUCGUUGCCGGAGCGACAGAGAAAUUUUCGAGGGGUACCGAGUCACAAAAUACGCAAGCAGGAACCAACCGAGACGACAAAACGACGAAGAAAAUCUUCGUGUGGACUUUAACUAUUGGAAAAAGGCGUGUGCACUUUGUGCCAAAAGAAAUUUUAUUUUUUCGUUCGCCGCUUUUUUUCACAAUUCAAUUUCAAGGGCUCCUUGGGCGGGUGGAAAAAAAGGAGGAAAAAAUUCUCAUAUCGAAAUGAUGAUUAGUUCGUGCUCCAAAACACGAAAAUGUUGACUAAUGUUUUAUCGCCAAAGUCGUGGAGACCAAUUGCCCAAACUUUCCAGGCUUCAACAAUAAAUUCAUUAAAAUGCAAAUAAAUAAACAAACACAUGAACAAAUAUAUAAAUAAAUAUGUAAUUAAUCUGUAAAUACAAAUAAACACAAAAGACACUUUGAAGAAAAAAAAAGAACGAAUAAUGAAGGGAAGAAUUUGAAAUAACAAAAACAAAGGUAAUAAAAACAAAACAAAAACGAGACAAAAUAUUGAGUAGACGAAAAACGAAAAGCAACGUACGUUGUGAAUGUAAAAUAUUUUCGAAAUCUGUGCUUGGGUAUGUUGCAUAUAUGUAUGAUAUUUGAAUUACGGUAGUUCUCACCAUCUACUAAAUUUUCAACACGACGAACAAAAACAAAACAAUAAAUGAACAUCAUUUGAAAGCAUCGACGACGAUUCAACGGAAACGACGAGUGUGAUGACGAGAAAAUUUUGCUUGCAAAACUCGUUGGGUUCUGGGUUCUGUAAAAAAUCGAUUUUACUCUCAAUCUUCGUGCUACUUUUUUUUCGUUAUUUUUGUACGGAGUAAAAAUGAAAUGAAAGAAAAAAAAAAUAUAUUUAACGUUGAUGAAAUUUUCUCUUUCAAACACCAAUUGCACCGGAGUUUAUUAUUAUAUUUAAAACUUUAGCAGCCUUGAAAGCUCCUUAUCACACUCGUUUUCGCGUUCCAAGUCAACUCAUUAUUUUAUUAAUAUAUAUCAAUGUACGAAUACACCACCUUUCGAAAUAUCGAAAUUGAAAACAUUUUUGUUUUUUCAACGAAUCAUUUUCACUAUUUCACUUGAAUUUCCCUCAGUUUUUGUAUUUGAAAAAUUUUCGCUGCUGACCGUCGAUAAAUUUGAAAAACAAAUCAUCAUAAAUUCAGGUCUCGAUAUGAAUUGUUCAAAUUUUGACACGAUUCACGAAUUUUUUUUCGAUUUAUAAAUCUCUUCAAAUUCAAUUCGAUUUAAAUCAAAUAUUUAUUUUCAUAAAAAUAUUAGUUUUUCUCUUUAACAAAAAAUUGAAUAUUUUGCUGAUUUUGCUUAUUUUAUUGAUUUUUUUUGUUUCGGAACUUCGAUUUGUUUGUCAAGCACGAUUGCAAAAAUCGUCGAACGGUGUAUGUACAUGUACAUAUAUAUAAAUAUAUCGUUUGUACAUAAAAUAUAGUGUUACGUGUUCCGGGAAGGCAGAAGAGAGCCGAGUACAGGGAGUACGUACAACGGUACCGAGCACCACUUUUCGGACUCGUCGUAUUUUACGAGCAUCGUGUAUUCGAUAAAAACCGAGCGAGGUACAAGAAUUGUGAGACGAAUGAGAAGUCACUAACGAUUAUAUAAGAGACAAAAACUGAACAUUCGCAAACGAAACUCGUGCGGAAGGAGAAAAUAAGGAAAAAGUCGAAAUACAUGGGUCAGUUGUGUCGUGUACAAAUUGUACGACAGGGUGAGAAAAAAAAGGAAAAGAAUGUGCCAAAGUAGUGAGUAAAAGGUGAACGAAUCUACGAAAAAACAUUGUAAAAUAAUGAUGAAUAAAAGAAUGUAUGUAAAUAUGUUUACACGUAUGUAAAGGCAAGCUUUUUUGAAAUUUUUCGUAUUUCAAUUCGAGAAGAAAACUAGUGUCACAAAUGAUGAGUUUUAUUGUUACGAGAUAUUUACGAAGAUAAAUCUUUUUUGUUGGCUAUGUUUUCUAUCUUUAGUAUUUUUUUGUACGAAUUUUUCAUCGAAUUUGAAGAGGGGUAACUACCGAAAUGGAAUUUUCUCGAAAUUUAAUUCCAUCGAAGUCAUUUUUAUUUUAUUAACGACCAACAACAAAUAUCUCGAUUUUCGACCUUCAACGAGUGUGUUCGAAUCCAAGAAUUGAGUUCGACGAUAGCGCGUAGAAGAAUUUUUCUUGAGACUUUAAUUGCCGGUAAAUUAUUAGAGUCCUUUUCAACGAUGAUAAAAAAAUCUAUUCAUACACUAUUUCCAUUUUAAAUCACACACGAAUGUACAAAAGUUUUGAUCCAACUUAGUUUCUUCAUGUGACCACUAAAAUUAAACGUCAAAAAAUGAGUCAUCGAAAGGAGCAAAAAUACUUGAUACGAUACGGAAAAUCCGUGAAAGCUCACACUCACUUUGGCUGCGACGAGACAUUUUUUACACACGUGAGCACACACACACACACACACACACACUUGCUCAGUAAUUUUCUUGUUCUCUCACCCUUUUCCAAAUUCCACGCACAAAACCAAAAAAACAAAAGAAAAUUCAUGUGACACGUUGGACUGAAAAAAAUCAUCAGAGCCUCAUACAAUCCGAUUGUUUAUCAACAAACGAAGCAAUUAACGAGAGUUCCAAAGAAAUCGAGGGUUGGGAGGGUAGGAAAGACUUAGAUACAUAAAAAAAAAAAAAAAAAAAAACAACUCCUUAACACGAAUUCAAACACGAAAUACAAUUUAAAAACAAAUCAAUACCGAGAUUACAAAAAAAAAUGGAGAGAUUAAAAAGAAUAAUAAUAAUAUUAAAACAAAAGGAAUAUUUUUGUAAGCGGCUUUCGAAACGCGCAGUCCGAAUGGCCAGAUAUUUCAGCUGACAUAUCCGACAAUGCCUUACCGCUUUGUGUAUUGAAUUAUUAAUGAAAAAAAAGCAAAAGCAAAGGAAUGAACUGAACACAAUUUGCGAACAAAUAUUCCUGGCAUACUCGCCGGGACUUUGUAUGGAGAAAAAAUAAUGUCCGAGCUAUGAGAAGAAGCGACCACGUACACUGACCCAACGAACCCGUUGUUGAUCCAAACUGAAUUUCGAAAAAAAAUAAAAUCAUAAUAGAAAGAAACAAGUAAAUGAAUCUCUCGAACAAAAGCAUGAAAAUUUCAUAGAAAUUAGUGAGGUUUAUAUACACAUGUAUGUGGUCAAAGAGUUUAGGAGACUUAGAUGAGCAGACUUAGCCUCAGCAGUGUGUCGGAUGUUGCGAUUUAAAAUUUUUCAAAUUAAUUGUAGGAAGAGAACAGAAAACCUAGCUCCGAUGUAACAGUCUCUCGCUUUCUUUAUACAUAUAAUCAUGUAGACGCUCAGACUAUACAGCGUUGCUCAGAAAUGAUCGGGACAUUGCAAAAUCGACAGAUGACAAAAUUCUGAAGUUAAAAGUUCUUGGCCAUUUUUAUCUGCGAUCAACCGUUCUCGAGAUAUUGAUGGAGGAUCAGCCGAAGACGCUGACAGUCGAAAAAGAGUGGGGAUAGUGCGGUCUCCGCUGCGGAUAGGCUGGCGGCAGAGAGGCGGGGCUUCCCCCCACUCAUUUCCUGCCUCGAGCGCCAGCGGAUCGAGUUUCACGAUCUCAUGAAUAUCUCGAGAACGGUGAGUCGUAGAAAAAUAAUUUUCAGGACUUUUCUCUUCAGAAUUUAACGCUUUAGACGUUCUACAAAAUUCGGCAGUCACUUCUACGAUUGCCUGUAUAGUAUACUGAUGUAAAUGUUUAUUUUUCCAAAAGCAGAGAGAUAACUCGAUUUCCCCCUCUCCCCUCUCCCUUCCCAGUCUAUCGAACAGUUUUCCUGGCACGAAUAGUUCAGCGUGUGUGUUAAAAUCUCAAUACAUGUUAUAAUUACGCCUUCAUUCGCGCCUCGUGUUAAGUUUAAGAGGAAAUAACAUUUCGAGAACGAAUAACAAAUCCAACAAUAUGUUCAUAGUGUAUAAAUUGAAAGAAAGAUUUGAAAAAAUAAAGAAUGAAAAAAAAAAAAAAUAAUAAUAAAAAAUGAAAAGUGAUCACCCACUGAUUCGUAGACGAGUAAUUAUUUGUUGAUUAGAAAAUCGUUGAAUUUUAGCUUACGCGAGUGUGAAUUAUGAAUGGAAAAAAAUAAUAAAAUAAAAACACAGUGAAAUAACAACAAUCUGCCUGGCUGCCUUUCUCCCAGUCAAACAAUUACAAAAAAACAAAUAGAAAAAUGGACACACGAGGAAAAAAUUUCAUAAAAUAUUACGCGUACCUCAAUACUUGACAGAAUUAUGAAAAAUACAUUGUCAAAGAAGCUUACCCCAUUCCUUUAAAGUUUCCAAGGAGAACUUGCAUUUUUUUCCGAGAUGCUAUGCAUCGAAAGCUAAUUAAGAGAGAAAAUAACGAAUACUAACGAAUAAAAUUGCGCGAGUUAAAGGAGGAUUAUUCGAGGCGAAAAAAUGUAACUGUAAUAACGUUAUUACUGUAUGUAAAUAUAGUUUAAAUUGCGCUCGUUCGUACUCAUUUUUCAUGAAUUUAGACUUUGUUUUUACGUUUGAUCGUUACAAUAUAUACGGAUAUAUAUAUAUAUACUUUGAGUGUUAUGUAAUCGGAAGGAUACGCGAUUUUAUUAUUACUAUUAUCACACACGUUAAUUAAAUCAAUGACGCGAGUUCAUACUAUUAGAAUUAUAUGGUGCAGGUGACGAUUAUUAUAUGAUUAUUAUUGUAAUUUAAUAAAAAUGUUCAGCAUUGAAUAA